GACUGUAUCUGCUACACCUCUCCCAGCACCGUGUCCUGUCAGGCCCAGAACUUUCUGUCUGUCCCAGAGGAGAUCCCAGCCCAGAGCGAGAGGGUCUUCCUGCAGGUAAGAGCCAGUAGAUUACUCAGUCUCCUGUAGUCUAGAAAAUUAAAAGCCUUUGUAUUUUUGGGGGGAGUUAUUUUAUGCACAUUUAUGCAAAUGUUUUUAGUUUAUAGUUUUAUAAAAUGUGUUUAUUUGUUUAUUUGAUAGCCUUAAUGUUUUAAAGUUGGUUUUGUAGCUUAAUUGAGUGCCUUAAUGGUUUUGUCCAGAGCCAUAUAUUUAGAAAUUUAAUAUUGUUCUAAUUCUAGACAUUCAUCUACAUAGAAUUAUUGAAAUAUCCCCCUUGUAAUGGUAAUGGGGCUCUAACACAUUGUCUUAUGCCAGAUAGCGUGUUGAUUCCGCCUGCACUGAUCUGUCUCGUAUCUCGCAAAGGGUAAUGGGAGAGAUGAAAAGUAGUCCGGCUACAACGGCUGUCGAACAUAAAAAAAUAUUACCUAGGUGACAUGGUCUGCUGAACCACAUUUCUGCCUCAUAACUGUCUGAAUUUAUCUAAACUAAAACAAUAAAUCGGUCAAUAAUAUUGAUGUUUUUUUCGUGAGGAAAUGUUGUGCUUCACAGAGCAGUAUUUUCUGAAGUUUGACAAUGGCCACGAAAGCUAACAUACAGUGCCUUUGGAAAGUAUUUUCCACAUUUUGUUACAUUACAGCCUUAUUCAAAAAUUGAUUAAAUAAAUCAUUAUUUUCAGCAAUCUACACACAAUACCACAUAAUAACAAAGUGAAAACUGGUUUUUAGAUAUUUUAGCAAAUUUAUAAAAUAUAAAAAAAUGAAAUACUAUAUUUAUAUAAAUAUUCAGACCCUUCGCUAUGAGACUCAAAAUUGAGCUCAGGUGCAUCCUGUUUCUAUUGAUCAUCCUUGAGAUGUUUCUACAACUUCAUUGGAGUCCACCUGUGGUAAAUUAAAUUGAUUGGACAUGAUUUGGAAAGGCACACACCUGUCUAUAUAAGGUCCCACAGUUGACAGUGCAUGUCAGAGCAAAAACCAAGCCAUGAGGAAAAAAUGAAUUGUCUGUAGAGCUCAGAGACAGGAUUGUGUCGAGGCACAGAUUUCGGGAAGGGUACCAAAAAAAUUACAGCAUUGAAGCUCCCAAAGAACACAGUGGCCUCUUCCUAGAGCUUCCUAGAGCUGGCCGCCCUGCCAAACUGAGCAAUCGGGAGAGAAGGGCCUUGGUCAGGGAGGUGACCAAGAACCUGAUGGUCACUCUGGCAGAGCUCUAGAGUUCCUCUGUGGAGAUGGGAGAACCUUCCAGAAGGACAGUCCACCAAUCAGGCCUUUAUGGUAGAGGGGCCAGAUGGAAGCCACUCCUCAGUAAAAGGCACAUGACAGCCCGCUUGGAGUUUGCCAAAAGGCACCUAAAGAUCUCAGACCAUGAGAAACAAGAUUUUCUGGUCUGAUGAAACCAAGAUUGAACUCUUUGGCCUUUAUGCCAAGCGUCACGUCUGGAGGAAACCUGGCACCAUCCCUACGGUGAAGCAUGGUGGUGGCAGCAUCAUGCUGUGGGGAUGUUUUUCAGCUGCAGGGACUGGGAGACUAGUCAGGAUCGAGGGAAAGAUGAACGGAGCAAAGAACAGAGAGAUCCUUGAUGAAAACCUGCUCCAGAGUGCUCAGUACCUCAGACUGGGUUGAAGGUUCACCUUCCAACAGGACAACGAGCCUAAGCACACAGGCAAGACAAUGCAGGAGUGGCCCAACCAGAGCUUGGACUUGAACCUGAUCGAACAUCUCUGGAGAGACCUGAAAAUAGCUGUGUAGCGACGCUCCCCAUCCAACCUGACCAAGCUUGAGAGGAUCUGCAGAGAAGAAUGGGAGAAACUCCCCAAAUACAGAAGUGCCAAGCUUGUAGCGGCAUACCCAAGAAGACUUGAGGCUGUAAUCGCUGCCAAAGGUGCUUCAACAAAGUACUGAGUAAAUCAUCUGAAUACUUAUGUAAAUGCGAUUUUUCAGUUUUUCUUUGUUUUAAUAAAUUUGCAAACAUUUCUAAAAACCUGUUUUUGCUUUGUCAUUAUGGGGUAUGGUAAAAAAACUAUUUAAUCAAUUUUAGAAUAAGGCUGUAAUGUAACAUCAUGUGGAAAAUACCUUCCGAGUCCAAUAUUAGCUUGCUAGCUGAGCCAGUCACUGAAACCAACCAGAUACCUACUUAGCGCGGCACACACAAUAUUGAAUGCUUCCAACAAAAGCUAGCUAGCAAACUAGUAGUUGUGCUAAAGCUAACAUUAUUUGUUUUCAUGUAGCAGCUGUUCUGCCGCGAGUCAUUGUAGUAGCCUCAAUAAGGAUUUAUACUAUACAAGCGGCACUCGCCAAGCCACGCUAGCCUCGCCCUCUUUUCAGUUCGCUGCAGCUAGUGAAUGGAACGAGCUUUAAAAAACACUCAAACUGGACAGUUUUAUCUCCAUCUCUUCAUUCAUUCGGGCUCCUGAGUGGCGCAGUGGUCUAAGGCACUGCAUCGCAGUGCUAACUGUGCCACUAGAGAUCCUGGUUCGAAUCCAGGCUCUGUCGCAGCCGGCCGUGACCGGGAGACUCAUGGGCGGCGCACAAUUGGCCCAGCGUUGUCCAGGGUAGGGGAGGGAAUGGCCGGCAGGGAUGUAGCUCAGUUGAUAGAGCAUGGCGUUUGCAACGCCAGGGUUGUGGGUUCGAUUCCCACGGGGGGCCAGUAUAAAAAAAUAUGUAUUCACUAACUGUAAGUCGCUCUGGAUAAGAGCGUCUGCUAAAUGACUAAAAUGUAAAUGUAAAAUUCAAAGACUCAAUCAUGGACACUCUUACUGACAGUUGUGGAUGCUUCGCGUGAUGUAUUGCUGUCUCUACCUUCUUGCCUUUGUGCUGUUAUCUGUGUCCCAAUAAUGUUUGUACCAUGUUUUGUGCUGCUACCAUGUUGUGUUGCCACCAUGCUAUGUUGUCAUGUGUUGCUGCCAUGCUAUGUUGUCUUAGGUCUCUCUUUAUGUAGUGUUGUCGUGAUGUGUGUUUUGUCCUUUCAUUUUAAUCCCGUAACCGCAGGAAGCCUUUUGCCUUUUGGUAGGCCGUCAUUGUAUAUAGGAAUUUCUAAUAAACUGACUUGCCUAGUUAAAUAAAGGUUAAACAAAUAAAUAAAAUACAAAUGUGGGUGCUAACAAGCUAGCAAGCAAGCUAAGUAGUGCUAUGUAUGAACAGCCAUUGUCAGCCAAUCCAGUAUGGGUUGGAAGCUAUGGUGAGCUUCGAUUGGUCACUUGUGUCACGAUAUCGCGUUCAGCUUUACCCAACUUUAGUCCCGCCCUGUUCAGCUCCCUCGCCCAUGCUCGCAUCGCUCAACGGUCCCCCGGCCCAUUCCACUUUUCUCACUUUCCUUCCAUUGAAAGUGAAUGGCUUCUGAUGUUUCACCGUGCGAUGCCUUCCUAGUAUAAACAGGCCUUCAGGCUACUCAGCUGACCCAACGAUGCAAAGUUACAAGUUAGUGAUCGCGGAGAAACAUGCUGACUUGCGGACUGAUUUCUGAUAACAGUCCACUCUGGUUUUGUCUAAUUAUAACUUCCAAUGUUCCAAUCAGUCAAUACCAGUUUUCAAAGAGCACCUGAUCUGCCACAUCCCUAAGCAACGCUCCCAUCCUUUGUUUCUCUCGUUCCUUCCUCUAUUCUUCUAGAACAACAAGAUCCAACGUCUCCUGCGAGGCCACUUCAGCCCCACCACGGCCAUGCUGUGGCUUUACUCCAACAACAUCUCCUACAUCCAGGCCUCCACCUUCCACGGCUUUGCCCGCCUGGAGGAGCUGGACCUGGGGGACAACCGUCACCUGAGAGCCCUGGCUUCAGACACCUUCCAGGGGCUAGGCCGGCUGCACGCCCUGCACCUCUACCACUGUGGGCUUCUCAGCCUGCCAUCUGGGAUAUUUGAGGGGCUCAGCAGCUUGCAGUACCUCUAUCUACAGGUAGGGGAAUAUAAUAUAAAUCGUAGAUAUAUUACACACAUCAUGGGUACAGUGAGAAGCCAGCAUGUGUAGGCAACAAUAAUGAAGUGAACACAAGCCUCCCUGACACCACAUCCUUCUUACACAGUUGUAUAUUUGCCUUAUAGGCCUUUAGAUGUUAGAUCUUAAUUCCUCCCCCCUCCCCAGGACAACCAAUUGGAGUUCCUGGAGGAUGAUCUGUUUGUUGACCUGCUGAACCUCAGCCACCUCUUCCUCCAUGGCAACAAGCUAUGGUCGCUCCACCAGAACACCUUCAGGUGGGACACACCUUUUUGAUUGAUUGAUUUAGCCGUGCUUUUACUUAGAAUGUGUCCCAAAUGGCACCCUAUUGAUUGACCGCUGUCCCUCCAGGGGUCUCGGGGUGCUGGACCGUCUCUUGCUGCACCAGAACCGUCUGCAGUGGGUCCACCGUCUGGCCUUCCACGACCUGCAUCGCCUCACCACCCUCUACCUGUUCAACAACUCUCUGACUGAGCUGUCUGGGGCCAGCCUGGCCCUGCUGCCUGCUCUAGAGUACCUCAGACUCAACGACAACCCUUGGGAGUGUGACUGCAAGGUCGGACACAGUUCAAACACACCUUAAAACACACUUUCAAAACACACUCAAAACACACCUUCAAAACACACCUUAAAACACACCUUCAAAACACACCUUAAAACACACCUUCAAAACACACCUUAAAACACACCUUCAAAACUCAUCUCAAAACACACCUUAAAACACACCUUCAAAACACACCAUAAAACACACCUUCAAAACACACCUUCAAAACACACCUCAAACACCACACACCUCUUUCAGCUAGCCUUCCACUUAAAUCAAAUGUUUACUUAGGCCAGGAUUCAAUUCAAGGCGCAUUGCAGAACGCUUGACAUUUAAAGGUAAUUUUCAACUGAGCUGAAUGCGAUCUCUGUGAACAGAGAAACAUUGCCUUGGAAAAAGUGCAUUAUCACCAAUGCUCUACAACACGCCUCGGAUUGAAUCCCGACCUAAGUGAACAUUUUAUUGACAUCAAAGUAUGACUAAGCGAAUUUCGACUGAAGGCGAAUCUAGGAUUUGCCCCAAAGGGCAACAAUGUGCCUUUGAAUCCCAGCCUUAAUGUAAUGUGUCCUUGGGAGUUUUGAAAGGCAUCUAAUAUAAAUGUAUUAUUAUUAUUAUUGUUAUUAUUGUUAGUAUUACUAUUAUUAUUAUUAUUAUUAUUAUUAUUAUUAUUAUUAUGAUUAUUAUCCAGGCCCUGCCGCUGUGGGAUUGGCUGCGGAGGUUCCGGGGCUCCACGUCCUCUCUGGGUUGCGUCUCUCCGCCAGAGCUCCAGGGCCGGGACCUGAAGGGGCUGAGGAAGGAGGACCUACCCAGCUGUUCAGCAGGAGAAACCCAGGGAGGAGGUGUCAUAGGCGGGGAGCCCGAGCUGGGGGAGUCCCUGAAGAAAGAGGAGGACCAUCGACUCCAUCACAGGAACCACAGGCACCGCCAUAACCACCACCAGCACCCACACCUCCCACACGGGGACCAGCAUAAUGGGGACCCGUCCCCCUCGCCACUACCCCUGCCCAGGCCGCCCAAGGGGAGCCGCAGGAACUGUACCCGCAACAGGGGGCGUAAGGGGAAGGGAGGGGGUCAGGGGGGCUUGAAUGAGGUGCAGGCACUGAGGGAGGGGGAGGAGAAGGACAAUGCCCCUGGAGGGGGUAAAUAUGACCCCUCCGCCCCCCCUCGCAGGAGGAAUAAGUGUGUUCCCAGGACUUCAGUUGGCCCGCCCAGCGGGGUCAAGAGAGCCAAUAGUAAUGCAGUGUCCCACUCCGCUGGGGCUUUUCUCGGUGUCCUAUUGGCUGUGCUGCUGUCACUCACUGCUGUGAUCCUCCUC